GCCGGUCAGCACUGUGUCUUCAGCAGUGGGUAGAGCAGAGCACUAUUCAGCUGUUGUGGCCGAAGAUGGCGUCGUGUAGACGUGUUCAGCUGCUGCUCCUCAUGUCGCUCUGUCUUCUCUCCGUAUUCGCUCUUAAACCUCCUCAAGGUUUCGGGAAUGUGCAUCCUCCGGCCGUCGCCAUGCACCAGCAGCUGAGAGCCGCGGCACCGAUUCCCGGGAAUAACGCCGCCGUUGCUGCCGGGUCCUCCGGCUCACAGUCCAGGAGAUCCACCGGCUGGAAGCUGGCAGAAGAACAGGCCUGCCGGGACGACGUGACCCGGCUCUGUCCCAAGCACACCUGGACUAAUAACCUGUCCGUGCUGGAAUGCCUUCAGGACAAGAAGGAGGAGACGGAGAUUGCUGGUGACUGUAACCAUUUAUUGUGGAACUACAAGCUGAAUCUCACUACAGAUGCAAAGUUUGAGUCUGUGGCACUGGAAGUGUGCACAAGCACCAUGUUAGAGCUGAAAGAGUGUGCAGAUGAGGAAAGAGGGAAAGGCUAUCUGAUGUCCUGCCUGGUGGAUCACCGCAGCAACAUCACGGAACGCCAGUGCUAUCAGUACAUCACCAAAAUGACCACCAUCAUCUUCAGCGACUAUCGGCUUAUUUGCGGCUUCAUGGACAAAUGCAGAGAAGACAUCAACACCCUGCAGUGUGGAAGCAUCAGCGUUGGAGAAAAAGACCUGCACUCUCAAGGUGAGGUGAUUGCAUGUCUGGAGCGAGCUCUGGUGAGGGAGGCAGAGCAGCAGCAAAAGGCCCAUCCAAUCAAGGACGACUGUAAGAAGGCCAUCAUGAGGGUGGCUGAACUGUCAGCCGAUGACUUUCACCUCGACCGUUACCUCUACUUCUCCUGCCGAGAAGACCGGGAGCGCUUCUGUGAAAACACUCAAGUGGGAGAGGGCAGAGUGUAUAAAUGUCUUUUCAACCAUAAAUUUGAAGAAGCAAUGUCGGAAAAGUGCAGAAACGCCCUGACCACUCGGCAGAAACUCAUUGCUCAGGAUUAUAAGGUCAGUUACUCCCUCGCAAAGGCCUGUAAGGCUGAUCUACGCAAAUACCACUGUAACCCGGACACCAGCAUGCCCCGGGCCAGAGAGGCCAGACUGUCCUACCUCCUACUCUGCCUGGAGUCUGCAGUUCACAGAGGCCGUACAGUGACCGGAGACUGUCAGGGUGAGAUGCUGGACUACAGACGGAUGCUGAUGGAGGAUUUCUCUCUUAGCCCAGAGAUCGUGUUGCACUGUCGAGGAGAGAUCGAGGCGCACUGCUCCGGACUGCACCGUAAGGGCCGAACGCUCCACUGUCUUAUGAAGGUGUCCCGCGGAGACAAGAGCAUGGUGGACAACCUCUGCCAGACAGCCCUCCAGACUCUUAUCCAAUCAGCAGACCCCGGCGCUGAUUACCGGAUUGAUCGAGCUUUGAAUGAAGCCUGUGAGUCUGUGAUACAGACAGCCUGCAAACACAUCCGCAGCGGAGACCCAAUGAUUCUUUCGUGUCUAAUGGAGCAUCUGUACACAGAGAAGAUGGUUCAGGACUGUGAACAUCGACUGUUGGAGCUCCAGUACUUUAUCUCAAGAGAUUGGAAACUUGAUCCUGUCUUGUAUCGUAAAUGUCAGAACGAUGCAUCCAGACUCUGUUUUACACCGGGCUGGAAUGAGAGCAGUGAGCUGAUGCCUCCUGGCGCUGUGUUUUCCUGCCUGUACCGACAUGCCUACCGGACAGAGGAGCAAGGCCGAAGGCUCACAAGAGACUGUAAGGUGGAGGUCCAGAGAAUUCUUCAUCAGAGAGCUCUGGAUGUGAAGCUGGACCCAGAGCUACAGAAACGUUGCAUGACCGAGCUGGGCAAAUGGUGCAGUGAGAAGACUGACACAGGACAGGAGCUGGAGUGUUUGCAGGACCAUCUAGAAGAUCUGGUGACAAACUGCAGAGAUGUGGUGGGAAACAUGACUGAACUGGAAUCUGAGGACAUUCAGAUUGAAGCCCUUCUGAUCCGAGCCUGUGAACCCAUCAUCCAGAACCACUGCCACGAUGUAGCUGAUAAUCAAAUAGACACAGGGAAUCUUCUGGAAUGUCUCGUACAGAACAAACAUCAACGAGAAAUGAAUGAUAAAUGUGCUGUGGGCGUCACUCAUUUUCAGCUGAUUCAGAUGAAAGACUUCCGCUUCUCCUACAAGUUCAAAAUAGCCUGUAAGGAGGACGUACUCAAACUCUGCCCCAACAUUAAGAAGAAGGUGGAUGUGGUCAUCUGUUUGAGCACCACGGUGAGAAACGACACUCUACAGGACGUGAAAGAUCAGCGAGUGUCUCUGAAAUGCCGGAAACAGCUGAGAGUAGAAGAGCUGGAGAUGUCAGAAGACAUUAGAUUGGAACCUGAGCUGCAUGACACAUGCAAAAAGGAUAUCAACAAGCUUUGUUCCUCUGUUGCCUUUGGAAAUGCUCAGAUCAUUGAGUGUCUGAAGGAGAACAAGAAGCAGCUAUCUCAGGUGUGUCACAAGAAGAUCUUUAAGCUGCAGGAAACAGAAAUGAUAGACCCUGAACUGGACUACCAGCUCAUGAGAGUGUGUAAGCAGAUGAUCAAGCGUUUUUGCACAGAGUCGGAUGCUAAGAACAUGCUGCAGUGUCUGAAGCAGAAUAAGAACAGUGAGCUGAUGGAUCCCAAGUGUAAGCAGAUGAUCACCAAGAGACAGAUCACUCAGACCACAGACUUCAGACUAAACCCAGUGUUAAGGAAGGCUUGUAAAGCAGACAUCCCCAAGUUCUGUCAGAAUAUACUCAACAAAGCCAGUGACGCCAGUGAACUGGAGGGUCAAGUCAUAUCCUGCCUUAAACUCAAGUACGCAGACCAGCGUCUGUCUUCAGACUGUGAGGAUCAGAUUAGAGUGAUUCUUCAGGAGUCUGCAUUGGACUACCGGCUGGAUCCACAGCUUCAAGCUCACUGCAGUAAUGAGAUCACGCGUCUGUGUGCAGAGGAAGCGGCGGCACAGGAGCAGACGGGUCAAGUGGAGGAGUGUUUGAAAAACAACCUGCUGAAGAUUAAGCAGGAGGAGUGCAAGAUGGAGGUGUUGAACAUGCUUAAAGAAAGCAAAGCAGACAUUUUUGUGGAUCCUGUCCUACACACGGCAUGUGCGCUGGAUUUGAAACAUCACUGUGCUGCCAUUACCCCUGGCAGAGGCAGACAAAUGUCAUGUUUAAUGGAAGCUCUACAGGACAAGCAGGUGCGUCUGCAGCCGGAAUGUAAGAGAAGAUUACAGGACCGUGUUGACAUGUGGAGUUAUGCAGCUAAGGUUGCCCCAGCCGAAGGUUUCUCAGACCUCGCUGUGCAAGUGAUGACAUCACCCUCGAAGAAUUACAUCCUGUUGGUGAUCGCACUGGCUGUGUCCAUCUUCUUCUUAGUUGGGCUUCUGUGCGGCCGCAUCACCAAACGUGUGACCAGAGAACUAAAAGACAGGUAGAGCAAUGAAGCACCUGACCCGCCCUUCCUGUUUCACACCUCAUUUUCUGCCCAGGCUGUUCUCUGUAGUUGUACAGUACCUGCUGAGACUUUGGGUCCUGUCAGUGGACCUUCUGUGGGCCGAUUUUCCAUGUUUGGAACCCACAGUAGCCCACCCAGCCACUGAAACCCAAUUGAAUCUAAACGAUGAACAUCUGAAACACUCCUAAAACAAGAUUAAGAUAGUUUUGGGACAUUAUGCCUUGAUUAUGAAUGUUUUUAUUUUAAGAGUGAUGGCCUUACUUCCUGACUGUAAUAUGGUAAUUUGUCAAUGCAGUAUUUUUACCAUUGCAUCUUUUCCAUUUUUUGAGAAUGUGUGUUCAUAAAUAGGGCUUUAAUCAGUGGCGUACAUGAACAUUCAGAAGCCAUCUUUACAUUUUAGUUUUGUUUUGUGGAUCAUCACUUUUUUCAUCUUUAAUCUUUGUAAUCUUUAAAUCACAAGGGGGAGUCCCCUCUGGGUGGGAUUCAUUAUUGGGUGUCUCCUAAAGUAGUUAUAUUUUUGUGUGAUCUUUUGGCAAUGUGGAGAAAAGAUGGUUGGAGAGCUGAUGUCCAUUUUAAAUGUCCCCAUGAGCCUUAUACAUAAAACAGUGAACUUAAUCGUCAAGUCAAAGACAUUUGUCAUCUAAAUAGUGUUAAUGGGGUGAAUCUCAUGAAAACAUGUCCAGGUCAUAUUUCACCACAAAAAUAAGUUUUAUUUUUAUAAAUUAAAAAUAAAAUGUUACAUAAUGAUGUAGGCCUAUCAUUAUUUUAUUUUUUUUAUUUAUUUUUUUUUGCAUUUUGACAUUUUCAUGACAAUUAAGCACAUUAUAAAUAAUUCCAUGCCAAUGUAAUAUUAAUGUUGAGGGUUUUUUUCUGCAAUACUAUUUUUUAUUUUAUUUUUUAUUUUUUUUUUACAACAAAUCCUACCAUGAUGUGAUUUAUAAAUACUUGUCCAUUUUAAAUGAAUAUUUCAGGUUCAAUACAAGUUAAGCUCAAUGGACAGCAUUUGUGGCAUAAUGUUGAUUACAAGAAUAAUGUAUUUCGACUCGUCCCUCCUUGUCUUUAAAAAAGCAGAAAUCAAGGCUACAGUGAGGCACUUACAAUGGAAGUCAAUGGGGCCAAUUUUUGGAGGGUUUAAACACAAAAAUGUGAAGCUUAUAAUUUUAUGCAUUAACUUGCAUUCAUUCUUCUAAAAAAUAUGUGUAUUAUUUGAGCUGUAAAGUUGUUUAAAUUGUAAUUAUUACAGUCAUUUUAGGGUUUGUUCACAUUACAUUGUCAUGGUAACAAAGUUAUAAAAUUGGUUAUAACUUUACACAGAAAAGGUUAGUAAGUGAUUUAAUCACACUAAAGUCAUGUUUACAUGCAUAUUGUUUAUGUCUUGUGGCUAUACUUUUGAUACCGUGAGUAUUUUAAUAUUCAAAAAUUGGCCCCCAUUCACUUCCAUUGUAAGUGCCAUAUUUGCUUUUUUUAAAGAAAAGGAGGAAUGAGUCGAAAUACAUUUUUGAAGUAAUCAACAUUAUGCCACAAAUGCUGUCCAUUGAGCUUAACUUGUAUUGAACCAGGAAUAUUCCUUUAAUAGAAGAAUUAAUCUAAGUGCUUUUAUAAAAUUACAAGCUUCACAUUUCUGCCUUUUAAAUCCUCCAAAAAUUGGUCCCCAUCGGCCUCAUUGUAAUCUUGAGUUUUGCUAUUUUUAAAGAAAAGGAGGGAUGAGUUGAAAUAAUUUUUUGUGGUAAUGGUGUCGAUUGAGCUUAACUUUGUAUUGAACCCGGAAUAUUCCUUUAAUAAUAUGUCAUUCGUUUUGUUGCAUUACAGUAAUAACGAGCAUUGCGGUUAACAAGAAUUUGGUGCAAAUUCCGAUGCAAACACUUUACAACAUUUGUUAACAUUAGUAAAUGCAUUAGGUAUCAUGAACUAACAAUAAACAUUAUUUUUAACAGCAUUUAUUUAUCUUUGUCAAUUUAUCAUUGUUAGUUCCUGUUGUUGUGCUCCUAUUGCAUUAACUAACGUUAACGUAUACAACUUUUCGGUUAAAAAAUGUGUCAGUGAGUAUAUGUUGAAAUUAACCAAUAAGUGCUGUUAAAGUAUUGUUCCUUAUUAGUUCAAGUUACUAAUUAUGUUAACGAAUACAACCUUAUUGUAACGUGUUACCAUUUUUUUUCUUUUGAUUUUGGGGCAAAAUCAUUUCAGGUCAUUUUCUUACAGUCUGUUUAUGAUGCAUUAGACCGUAAGUGAUCAAUGUACGAGGAGUACGAAAUAAGAAUAGAUCUCGACCUCUGCCAGAGCGUUAAACAUUUAAGAUAAUAUAAUUAUCUGGGGCCAAGCCUCUUUCGGACCAACUUUAUAAGAGUUAAAAACACAAGUGGAUACCCUGUUGGGUGUAUUUUGAAUGUUAACAGGAUGAUUGCACUUUUUGUUGUGUUUGGCUUAAGCCUUAUUUAUUGUGUGUGUGUGUGUGUGUGUGUGUGUGUGUGUGUGUGUGUGUGUGUGUGUGUGUGUGUGUGUGUGUGUGUGUGUGUGUGUGUGUUUUAAACUUAUUUUAAUGGUAAGUUCUAUUGUUGCCUUUUAUCUUUCUUUGUCAUACCAGUGAAAGGAAACAAGUUUUAAAUGUCUGUAUGUUUGGUGGAUAUGUAGUUUUUCAAAGCUGUAGAAUAUCUUGCGAAGGCCCACUGUACCUGCAAACAUCUCUCCUAGUAUGAAUGACAAUGAAAUGCAUUUCUUUUUAAUUUGUUGCAGAGUUACUAUGACUAUAACUGUGAUGAUUAUAUGCAUAACGCCCGCUGUAGGUCUGUAUUCAGUAACACAGACAUAAGAGUUUUCUAAACGGUUCUCGCUUGCUUUUUUUUUUUUACCUGGAUGAGAACUUUUUUCUGUAUUGGUUUGUAUAUUAUGGGUGAUUUUCACAAAACCUGGCAAGAAAAUAUCAUGGUCAUAUUUAAAGGGAUAGUUCACCCAAAAAUGAAAAUUCUCUCAUCAUUUACUCACCCUCAUGUCACCCCAGAUGUGUAGGACUUUCUUUCUUCUGCUGAAUACAAACAAAACAUUUUUAAACAAUAUCUCAGCUCUGUAGGUCCAUACAAUGCAAGUGAAUGGGUGCCAACAUUUUGAAGCUCCAAAAUGCACAUGAAGUCAGCAUAAAAGUAAUCUGUAAGACUCCAGUGGUUAAAUCGAUAUAUUCUUAAACGAUAUGAUUGGUGUGGGUGAGAAACAAUGCGUUUUAUGAAACAGAUGUAAAUAAACUAAUGUGCAAAUCACAGAUCAUGUCCAAGCUUUCUGGUUGAUGGUAACUUGAGACAGUAAAAUUAUACUGAUCAAAUGAUCAUGUUUGACUAUAUAUUGUAGAUAAGUAAAUGUUAAAAGUAGUGUUAUUCCAAAAAUAUUUCUCUUAAUUCAUGUUUUUUUGGGAGUGAUCAUGAUGGUGUUUUUAUCUGGUUGGUUCUGUUAAUUCUUUAAUGCCUUUUUAUUGGAUCGUACUACAGUAUUUCACAUAUAACAAGUUUAUUGUGGUAUAUUGCUACAUAGUUGGGUGUCACUGGAUUGUAAAAAUUCUAAAAGAAUUGCAUCACAAUGCAGAUUUUGGGAUAUGUUGUGUCAUCGGUCGCUCUUUGCUUUUUAAACCUCUAAGUCUGCCCGUGUUCUGUUGAUUCGGCGAUCUAAACGCUGUACUACUGUGUCAAUCAAGUGAUCCUUAAACAGGUUUGGAGGGGAUGCAGGAUGUCUUGUCUCUGCAUGGAUAUAUGAAAGGUUUAUAAAUAUAUUUAGGACUUCAUAUAGGUGAAAGACCAUUUGUGUGUUGGGGUGUCUCAUUUGAAAGCAUCUUUUGAAGCCACAACCAGGAGCAAAACCGAUGACAUAAUCACAAACGUUUUCCAAUUAUGUUGUUUCUUGAAGCCAGUCACAAGAGUCAUAAAUGCAGUGCCAAAGAUGAUCCUGCUGUUUCCAAUGGCCUUUCUCUGCUCAUCUUAAAGACCCAAUGAACUGAGCGUGACUCCAACCUCUGCCAGAAGCUGUUUUACGUGUUUAAUCUGAAAAAUUGUUUCAUAUUAAAUGCAUACUGUCUUAACACCUGAUAUUUUCUUAACCUCCUAAUUUUGCCAUGUAAGACUGAUGUGACAAAUCAGAUUUUUUUUGUUUGUUUGUUUUGUUUUCUUUAAUUCUGUACAGAUUAGGAUGAAUUCUCAGUUUAAUAAAACUCUGUAGAUUUUCUUACCA